UAACAUGCAAGGAGAUAGGGCUUUGCUUUAUUAACAUACAGCGCCUGCCUGACUACAAGAAUAUUUUGUUGAGUGCGAGAUUGAGUGAGAUAAUUUGUACGAACAAGAAUUUAUUGGAGGCGUGUUUGUUCACUGCUUUACUCAAACUUGAUGUUGCAUUCACUGCCCCUACAGAACACACACAAUUAUACCAGGAGGGAACUCGUGCUCUUGUGGUCUAUCUUUUUCUAGUUAUCACUGUUUAGUGAAAGAAAACGUAAAGGUAACGCCUUCACUUUCUUUCCAUCAGUGUUGAUGUUAUCUGUCCAUCACUUCCUACUUGAAAUCCUCAAGUCUGAUCUUUUCACUGUCUUUUCUUGUGCCUCUUUAUUCUUCAGAAACAAAUCUCCCCUUUCAUUGAUGCUCUCACAGUCUCACAGGCCUUUUGUCAAACACGUUGAGAGCAAUUAAUAUGUUACUUCUUCGAGUACUAGUACCCAAAUUUGAAGAAGAGAAGCAAUGAAAGAGAGGGGCAAAGCAGUGGAGAUGUACAACAGCGACAUGUUCUCGGAGUAUGGUUCGUCGUCGGAUCUUCAAUGCACGAAACACCCACAAUCGUCUUCCGUGGGUGUAUGCGCUUACUGUCUCGAGGAUAGGUUGAUGAAGCUGGUUUGCUCAAAUUGUGGGGAGCAGCGUCGGUCGUGCUGCUCUUGCUCUUCUGAGGUCUCGUCCAAUCGCAAUUCAAAUGCUGUUGAGGUAGGCAGUGUUGGUCGCAUGUCGUUUCUCAUUGAAAAUGAACAAAAAGAUCAACCAACCCCGAAGCCCAAAAGUGAUAUUGAUAACAAAACAAAUGAGGUUUUCUUGCUCAAGAGGAGUAGUAGCAGCUGUGUUGAGAUCAAGAGAAAAAGAGGGUUUUGGAGGAUUGGGAGGUUGUUUGGGAAGAAAAGAGAGAAGAAUUGUGAGAGAAGUAGCGUUGGAGGAGGGACUGAUGAGAAAAGUGACUUGUGGGUUGUCGAUUACAUGGGUGUUUCGAGGUCCAGGUCUCUCUGCAGUUUCAGGGCAGGUGGGUUUUUUGGAUCAGAAGAUGGAGGUGACAUGAUGUCAUUCUCGGGUGCUCGGAGCUCCAUUUCGGCUGCUCGGACCUCCAUUUCAGCUGCUAGAAGAAGUGGGUUCAGUGAAGGAGAACCAAGAAAGAGCGGAUUCAGUGAAGCAGAGCCAAGAAGAAGUGGGUAUGAUAGUGAAAGAAGAGACAGUACUUUCAUGGAGCAUGAAAGUUCUGGUCUUAAUGGAGCAACCAGACGCAUAUUUUCACUCAGAGAAGGGAAUUUCACUAGCGUAGAUGGUUCAGGCUUCAUUGACUUGAAAUUUGAUUUCCCAUCAGAAGGAAAAACAGAGUUCCCUGCUUUGAAACAGAGUGUUCAAUUAGAUCCAGACUCUGGUUUUGGUAGCAUGAGAGAAGAUGUCAAUGGUAGGGAAGGUGAUUUCAUUAGAGGGGGUUCAUGUAGAAUCACAGUGAGUGACAGAGGGAUCAAGAAGAGCAGGAAAAGUUUCAAGAGAUGGAGAUGGAUUUUCAGGCAACAUCCAACUGCAAGGAAGAAAGAUGAAGAUUUUGUGGUCAAACCAUGUGAAAACCCACAAAAAUGGUAGCUUCGAUCGAUGUUCAUUUGUGAUUUUGGAUCUUCCUUUAUGCACUUGUUCACAUUUUACCUCAAUCUGGUGUCUAUGUUGAUCAUAAUUAUGAUAUUUGGGAAAUCAGUUUUGGGUUC